UUUUCUAAACCACAAAAGAAAAGAAAAGAAAAAAGGAUUCUGUUCUUUUUGUUUUGCUUAUAUAAGACCCCUGGUGGUUUCGUUCAGCUCCAAAGAAUCUCUUCUAUCCAAAACUAAAACUAAAAGAACAGGAAACCACCAAACAUGGUAGCUAUAGUAUCUCAACAAAACAUGGUUUCUCGCACAGGAAGGCACUUGCAGCGCUACAGCAAAGGUCGUCGCCAAGUCGUAGGAUGUAUUCCAUAUAGAUAUAAAAAUUCCAAGCAGUGUCCCUCAAAGGAUGAUGAUGCAAACGAAGUAGAAGUUCUUGUCAUUACUUCACAAAAGGGCAAAGGGAUGCUCUUCCCAAAGGGAGGGUGGGAAUUAGAUGAAUCCAAGGAAGGGGCAGCCUCUCGAGAG